AUGGGCUCCAGCAACUACGGCACAGACGGUGCACUCGACCGCGUGCUUCGCAUUGGUCAGAAGCAAAAGCACGUCCCUGCGAUUUUCAUCCACGCCGGAGCAGGCUUUCAUAGCCACCAAAACGAACAUGUCCAUCUCGAAGCCUGUGUUUCCGCCGUUAAGAUGGGCAUGAAAUUUCUCAAAGCCGGAUGCAGUGCCACGGAAGCCGUUGAAGCCGCCCUGCGAAUACUCGAGGACAAGGAGAUCACAAACGCAGGUUACGGUUCCAAUCUAUCCAUAGACGGCACUGUCGAGUGCGAUGCCACCAUUGUCGACCAUUUGGGGCGCAGUGGCGCUUGUGGAGCGGUCCCGAAUAUCCGAAAUCCGAUUUCGCUAGCCAAACUCAUCCUGGACACGAGCAAUAAGCCUUUGAGCCUCCGUCGAGUGCCACCCAAUGCUCUCGUUGGGGAAGGGGCGAGGAUCUUUGCCGAGGAACACGGCAUGUUGACCUUUGCAAAUGAAUAUCUGGUGUCCAAAAACUCCCGCGACCGCUUCUUCCGCUGGCAGGACGACUUGAUCCGAGCCGAAGGCCCAGCCGAGGAACAGGCACAGCUGGGCUCUCCUCCCGAUUCAGUCACCAUGGCUUGUGUUCCCUGCCAAUACGACACGGCGGCACCGCCAGAACCUCAACAAGGCUUUCCCAGGGAGCACACAGCGGCCAUCAUGGCUGGAACGUGGAACGAGGGACAAAUUGACUCACCUUAUGCCGGCACCCCCCUUGUCGAAUCACCGAGCGGGUACCCUUCUGAAAUGCUUUCGCCCCCUGUUCGCACAAUGGGAUUGUCCUUUGCCGCCGUUGCUCGUUCUCCCCCACGGACCAGUGGCCCUCGACUGACUCCCAGCCCGGCCAAUACUCAAGUGCCGCUACGCGACGACAACAGGAAGAACCGUCCUGCUCGGGUGGACUCACAGGGACCGCGUCUAGAUCUUUCCAUUCCAGGCCGGAAAGAUGGACCAAUAGAUGGUUCUGUGACCGAGGACUCAACGCUUGAGACAUACAAGGACGGCGCUGAAGGGCCGUCGGCGCUCCCUGACAAGGACGUGGCUGACCGGUUCUGGACAAACGACAAAUCCGACGCCCCUGGUCUUAAGAGACCGUUUCAAGCGUCAAAGGUGGCUUCAGACCAGGAUGCCAAACCCACCAAACAUGCCCGCCAUUCGAUUGCUGAGCCAGAGGACCGCGUUACGGACACUAUUGGUGCCAUUGCAAUCGAUGAGCGUGGUCACAUAGCCGCCGGAUCGUCGUCUGGUGGGAUUGGCAUGAAGCACCGGGGACGCUUAGGACCAGCUGCCCUAGUAGGCAUCGGUACCGCUGUUGUGCCCUGCGCUAAGGACGACGCCGAGGGACGGACUGUCGCAGCCGUAACAAGCGGCACAGGAGAGCACAUGGCGACGACCAUGGCUUCCCAGAGGUGCGCCGAGAGGAUAUAUCAAGGAACCCGCCGUGGCCCUCAAGGCUAUGACGUGAACGUGGACGAUGACGACGAGAUCAUGGCGUCUUUCAUUGCGGACGAUUUCAUGGACCACCCUGGCGUAAAGAACUGCCACUCGGCCGGCGCCAUCGGAGUCAUGGUUGUCAAGAAGUGCGCGACAGGUUACUACCUGUAUUUUGCACAUAACACCGACUCUUUCGCGCUGGCGUCCAUGGGUGGCGUUGAGAAGGAACCUCGCUGCACCAUGUCUCGGCUUUCAGAGGGUGCUAAGAUUGCCAAGGGUGGUCGCAAGGUUCGAAUAGGGUGA